AUGCAGUGCCCCCUGAAGCUGAGGUGCCCGUUCCAGUGGCUGCUGAGUCCGGUGUGGCAGUGCCAGAGGUUGCUGAAGAGGAGGUGCCUGUGCCAGAGGUUUCUGGGGGUGAUGUGGGUGCACCAGAGGUUUCUGGGGGUGAUGUGGGUGCGCCAGAGGUUUCUGGGGGUGAUGUGGGUGCGGCAGAGGUUUCUGGAGGUGAUGUGGGUGCGCUGGAGGUUUCUGGAGGUGAUGUGGGUGCGCCGGAGGUUUCUGGAGGUGAUGUGGGUGCGCCAGAGGUUUCUGGAGGUGAUGUGGGUGCACCAGAGGUUGCUGGGGCUGGAGUGGUUGUGCCAGAGACUGCUGGGGCUGGAGUGGUUGCGCCAGAGGCUGCAGAAGCUGGGGUGGUUGCGCCAGAGGCUGCUAGAGCUGGAGUGGUUGCGCCAGAGGCUGCUGGAGCUGGAGUGGUUGCGCCAGAGGCUGCUGGAACUGGAGUGGUUGCGCCAGAGGCUGCUGGAGCUGGAGUGGUUGCGCCAGAGACUGCUGGGGCUGGAGUGGUUGCGCCAGAGGCUGCAGGAGCUGGAGUGGUUGCACCAGAGGCUGCAGGAGCUGGAGUGGUUGCGCCAGAGGCUGCAGGAGCUGGAGUGGUUGCGCCAGAGGCUGCUGGAGCUGGAGUGGUUGCGCCAGAGGCUGCUGGGGCUGGAGUGGUUGCGCCAGAGGCUGCUGGAGCUGGAGUGGUUGCUCCAGAGGCUGCUGGAGCUGGAGUGGUUGCGCCAGAGGCUGCAGGAGCUGGAGUGGUUGCGCCAGAGGCUGCAGGAGCUGGAGUGGUUGCGCCAGAGGCUGCAGGAGCUGGAGUGGUUGCGCCAGAGGCUGCUGGAGCUGGAGUGGUUGCGCCAGAGGCUGCUGGAGCUGGAGUGGUUGCGCCAGAGGCUGCAGGAGCUGGAGUGGUUGCGUCAGAGGCUGCUGGAGCUGGAGUGGGUGCGCCAGAGGCUGCAGGAGCUGGAGUGGUUGCGCCAGAGGCGGCAUCUAUAA